AUGAGUUUUGGGUUCAGCAUCGGCGACUUUCUCGCCGUCUACGAUCGCGCAGACAAGGUCAGAAGAGCCUUUGCCGGCGCUCCAUCUCAGUUCAAGAACAUCAGUGACGAAAACCUCUCCAUCGCAAUUCAAGAUAUCGAUGUCGCCCUCUGCGAGUUCGAGCUCGAAGACCAGCAGAGAACCGAGCUCCAAAAACUUGCUACUAGCUGCGACCAAGUCCUCAUUGAUUUAGUGAAGACGCUGAGCAAGUAUUCCGAACUGGAGUCGAGCCAUGGCUCCUUUGUUUCGAAAGGGAAGAGAGUGUGGAAGAGGCUCAAGUGGGAACCCGACGACAUUGGAGAGCUUCGACAUCGAAUCACCAGUAACGUUACGCUGCUUAAUAAUUUUCAUGGGCGAAUAACAAACCAAAUCACUCUCGAGAUAAGAAAGGGCGUAGAUCGCCUGAAUAUGGAACAGGAUAACGAAGAAAAGCGAAGGAUCCUCGACUGGAUCACCCCAGUGAAAUAUUCUACUCAGCAUAAUGACCAUAUCAAGGAACGUCAAGAGGGGACCGGCCAAUGGCUUCUCGAAUCAUCCGAGUUCAAAUCCUGGCUUCAAGGUGAUCGGAAGACUCUGUUCUGUCCCGGAAUACCGGGAGCCGGCAAGACAAUUCUCGCAGCAGCAGUGGUAGACCAUCUUCUGGAUCAGUAUCGCGCUGACCAAAGUGUCGGCAUUGCAUACAUCUACUGCAACUUCAAAUGGACUGAAAAACAGAAACUUGACGACUUGUUUUCCAGUCUUUUAAGGCAGCUCGCUGAGGGUCAGUCCUUGGUACCGGAUUCUGUAAAGGAGCUUUACAGGCGAUAUAAGGCGGAACAGAGAUGCCCACCAACACAGGAGCUUUUGAAAGUCCUGCAUAAUGUUGCUUCGUUGUACCCGAGGGUGUUUAUUCUUGUUGACGCUCUCGACGAGUGCCAAAUCUCGGGCGGUUGCCGAAACGCGUUCAUUAAAGAACUCAUCCAUCUCCAAGCUUCCACUGGAGUCAAUUUAUUCAUGACUUCGAGAUUCCUUCCUGAGAUAACGGGUAAAUUCGACCGAGAAGGCUGGCUGGAAAUCCGUGCCACCAAGGCUGAUGUUGAAAGAUAUCUGGAACAUCACAUUCGAAAAUCCUCACACACGAUACAGGAGAUGGAAGAGGAGAUAAAGCGAACAAUCUCAGAUACGGUCGACGGAAUGUUUCUCCUGGCUCGGAUAUACUUGGAGCUGCUCACGAGUGAAGUUAUGCCAAAGAAAAUUCGGAGCAUGUUACGUAGAUUUAGGAGGACACCCACUGGAUCUGGUGAGGAACAGAGGCGUGGGAUACUGCACCGUGCUUACGAAGACACGAUGGAGAGGAUCAAACAGCAAGAACCCAGUCGUUGGGAACUUGCCAAGCAGACUCUCAUGUGGAUUACAUGCGCGAUGGAACCACUUCGCAAGGUCGAGCUUCAACAUGCCAUCACGGUCGAAGAAGGCGACUCGGAGUUAGACAAACGCGAUCUUGUUCAGAUUGACGACAUCAUCGCAGUGUGUGCCGGAUUAGUGACAAUCGAUGAAGAGAGCGACAUUAUUCGAUUGGUUCACUUCACCAUGCAAGAGUAUUUCGAGAGCACUCAUGAUCAAUGGUUCCCGUCUGCCCAGGAAGAAAUCACUACCCUCUGCGUGACUUAUCUGUCAUUCGAUAAAUUCAAAUGCGGAGCAUGCAAAGAAGCUUCCGAUAUUGACAGCCGUCUUGACGACAAUGCCCUGUACAGCUAUGCAGCGCGAAACUGGGGACAUCAUGCCCGGUGGACAUGGAAGCCGCCUACCGAAAGAAUUCUCGAUUUCUUGAAAGAGCGUGGGCAGGUUGAAGCAUCAAUCCAAGCCUUGUUUUUUAUUACCCGGCCGACAUCACCACGCAAUUACCCGGAACGAUUCACGGCUCUUCACGUGGUGGCAUACUUUGGGAUACAUAAAGGGGUACAAUAUCUCCUCGAUCGUCACGAUGCCGACAUAGAUUUAGGCGAUGGGGAUGGCCUGACGCCGCUUAGCUGGGCUGCUAUGAAUGGCCACCAAUCUAUGGUGCGCCUGCUUCUAGAAAACGGCGCCAAUAUCGAGUCGAGGGAUAACAACGGCUACACACCACUUGCCUUAGCUGCUGAGCAAGGGCAGGAAGGGGCAAUAAAGCUGCUUCUAAAAAGCGGCGCCAAUAUCGAGUCGAAGGAUAACAAUGGCCGCACACCACUUUCCAUAGCAGCUUUCAUGGGGGAGGAAGCAGUAGUAAAGCUGCUUCUAGAAAACGGCGCCAAUAUCGAGUCGAGGGAUAAAAAAGGCCGCACACCACUUUCCAUAGCAGCUUUCAUAGGGGAGGAAGCAGCGGUAAGGCUGCUUCUAGAAAACGGCGCUAAUAUCGAGUCGAGGGAUAACAAAGGCCGCGCACCACUUUCCAUAGCAGCUUUCAUGGGGGAGGAAGCAGUAGUAAAGCUGCUUCUAGAAAACGGUGCCAAUAUCGAAUCGAAGGAUAACAACGGCAAGACGGUACUUAGUUGGGCUAAUGAAAGCAAUGAGAGGCAUAUUCUCGAGUUGCUCCUGGAGAAGAGGCCUGAAGCUAAUUCGAAGAAUGCUAUUCAUAAACGAACGCCUCUCGACUAA